AUGGGCAAGAUUUUCGAUAUAUCGGAUUUCUGGUACCGGUAUGAGUGGCAGGAGCGCGGCAGUGGUCAUGUCCAUGGCUUCCUGUGGCUCAAGAACGCACCUAGACCCGAAGAUAUCAAUUGGGAUCUCUUGAAACAAGUUGACUCACCAGUUUCCGAAGAUCAGCAGCAGAAAAUGACGGAGUUCAAGAGUUUCUGGGACCGAAUCGUCUCUGCAUUCAAUCCUGUCCUGAGACAAGACCCGAACGCACCUCUUCUGGGAGGCAACCCGUGCAGUAAACCGACGGAGGGAAUGAUCAACACAAACGAGGAGUUGGCGGAUCUUCUUAAUUGGGUUCAACGACACAGCAAAUGCGUUGCCAGGUACUGUCAGGUGAAGAGAAAAGUCCCUGGUCAGGAGGAGCCUCAGAUUUGCUGUCGCUUUGAUUAUCCUAUGCCUUGCCACCCUGACUGUGCGGUCAUUGGUCGCGAUAGCAAGAGUCGAUUGCGAUUCGAGCCUCGCAGGAAUGACCCCCUGCUCAACAACUACAAUCGCGCAAUGUUGAUGGCUUGGAGAGCGAACAUUGACCUCAAGCCGGUUCUCAGUAAAGACGCUGCAAUUAAUUACAUUGCAAAAUAUGCCAGCAAGUCGGAGCAACAAGCUCCCGCUUUUCCCGAGAUGCUCGAUGGCGUUGUAAAGCUCAUGAACAGCGGUGCAACAGCUCAAUUGGCCUGCCAGAAACUGCUCAACAAGAUGUUGGGUGAACGCAGCUACUCUGCUCAAGAGACGGCGCACCUGUUGCUUGGCAUUCCGUUAGUUCGAACCUCUGUGGCAUUCCAGACUCUGUACAUCGGAGAGGAGGGUGAUAUGCGAGAGCUGGAUGAAGGUGAAGAAGCCCCCGAGGAGGCGGAAGAGCCUCAAGAGGGUGGCCGCCGAGUAACAAACUUUGAGAUACAUGAAACGCUCCGUGGGAAUGGACAGUCCCUUCAAGAAGUCUUCGAGAACUAUUUGUGGCGCAACAAUGAGUGGAGAAAGCGCCGGAAACAGAAUGUUAUUCUACGCACCUUUCCACGCUAUUCCCCAAAUCCGGACAGCGAUGUAUAUCCCAAGUACUGCCGGACCAAGAUCCUGCUUCACCAUCCCUUCCGAUCCCUCGACGAACUCCAGAACCCUCCAAACGAGGAGAAUGUCGACGGGGAAUUGUCGUGGCCUGAACUCUGGGCACAAUGUCGCGCGGCAGGCCAUACACAUCGCACGGACUCGCUCCGUGACUGGGACAACGAGAACAGAGUGACCGAAGAUGAUGAUGACGACGAAGAAAUCAACCCCGAUGUCAACGAGGUGGGGGAAGAAGACUGGCAGAUAUUUGCGCGUGAUUUCCCCGGCGCCCAUCUCCCCCAAUUUGAUGCAAAUGAUCUUGGAUCCCGUCCAAUUGAUGCUGCCUUGAUGCCCGAAGCAGGACGCGGUCGCUGGCACGAGGUUGAACAAAUGCUGUCUUACAUUGACACGAACAGACGAGAAUACGGUGGACAGUCCGACGAGAGCGCAAUCCGUGCGAUCAAUAUCGAUACAUUGGCUGAGGAACAACGCAACAUCUUUGAUAAGAUAAUGGGGCAAUAUUCUCUCGAACUACUUGGAGGAAAGAGGUCUCAAGCGCUGUUGAACAUUGACGGCACGGCCGGAUGUGGCAAGACAUAUCUGAUACAUGCGAUCUGUCAAGAGCUCCGGCGGCUAGCAGCGGAACAUGACCAGCCAGAUCCAAUACGCGUCUUGGCACCGUCGGGUGUAGCUGCCUUCAAUAUCCGUGGACGUACAAUCCACUCUGCUCUUGGCCUCCCAGAACAGUGGAGAGGAGCUCAUUUCGUGAUCAUCGACGAGAAGUCAAUGCUGGGCCUGCGGACUCUCUCUCAGAUCGACUCUCGACUUCGUCAGAUACUCCCGCACCGGUCGAACAAUGUCUUUGGUGGCCUAAAUCUCGCUUUGGUCGGUGAUUUCGCCCAACUCCCCCCUGUCGGCGAUCGCCCUCUCUAUGCGCCACCUUCAACAGAUGUGAGCGACAGCGGCUCUAUGAGCCGGGAUGGAAGUCGCCUCUAUCAAAUGUUCACUGAGAGCUAUAGACUCCGAGUGGUGCAUCGUCAACAGGGCGAUUCCCCCGAGCAAACAGCCUUCCGAAAUCUCCUUCACCAUGCCUCGAAAGGAAGUCUAAGUGUUGCUGAAUGGGAGACGCUGCAAACAAGAUGUUUCUCGAAUCUGAAUGAGGCGGAGAAAGCAUCUUUCCAGGACUCCCUUUGUCUAUUCACCACGCGCGAAGAUGUCAAUGCCAUCAAUCUUCAAGAGAUCCAAGCUCUCGGAGAACCAUGCGCAAGGAUCAAGGCGCGUCAUGAUGGUGGAUCCGAGGCGGCUCGAGCCAGCGCUGAUGAUGCCGGUGGGUUGGAGGCUCAACUCAUUCUAUCGUGCCGGAGUCAGGUCAUGAUCACGCGAAAUCUAUGGCAGGAGCAGGGGCUGGUGAAUGCAACUGUCGGGACUGUGGAGGACAUCAUAUGGCCGCCGGGUGCGACAACUUCAGACCUGCUAGAAGUGGUCUUAGUCUCCUGCAAAGAUUAUACCGGCCCGACGUCGUGGCGCACUGAACCCCGCCCAGGAUUUCCGAAUGGCAUUCCGAUUGUUCCAGUCCCAGCCGUGAAAUCCACCUUCGAUGUGGGCGGGAAGCAGGUUUCCAGAGUUCAGAUUCCACUAAGACUGGCCUGGGCAGUCACGGUACACAAGUCCCAGGGCUUGACAAUUGCCAAGAUCAGGUUGGGCUUGGGAAAGAAGGAGUUUGCUGUCGGUUUGACCUUUGUCGGUCUCUCCCGAGUUAAAGCUCUGAAUGACAUUGCCAUUAUGGGCUCAUUUGACUAUUCUAGAGUAAAGAAUCUCGGAGGCAAGAACCUCCAGUAUAGAUUUGACAACUGGGCUCGUAGAUAUCCGAAUCAAAAUUGA